AUGGUCGUUAUUGGAGCUGAUCAAGAUAUUCUCUCAAAAAUGGAAGAAAAAACCGUAACAGUUUGUGGUGAAAUGGUGCGUUCACUGGAUGCGAACGGCAAAGAAAUAGUGAUUCGACGAGAAGUUUCGAUGACAGAAACGAGAGAAUCUAGUCUAAAAGUGGACAUUCCGUCAGAAGACGUCAACGAAGAUUCAGAAUCUUCUACUGUCAAAAAGAUUCAAGAACCAUCAGUGACGUCUGUAGAAAGUAUUGAAAUACCUGUGGUCAAGAAGGACUCACUGGACUCACCGUCGGGAAGUACAUCUCGUGCGGGGUCGUCGGUGUCGGCCACCGCGAGUCCAAUGCAUCGAAAUACAACAUCACAACAUGGAGGACUCUUCGUCUCGGCUCCCGGAAAAAUUAUCCUUUUCGGAGAGCAUGCUGUCGUUUAUGGGAGGACUGCAAUCGCCGGCUCGAUCGACCUACGUACAUAUGUUUCGUUAUAUACAUCAGCCGACGGACGUAUUUAUUUGAGUCUUCCUGACUUGGGUGUUGAGAAGACAUGGAUGUUAAAAGAUUUACUGAAAGCGGCGGAUCGUCUUGCCGCUGAAUAUCCAAUUGAGGAGGAUCAACCGCCAUCAUUGGAAAUUUUGGUACCAAUUGCCAGAAAACUAUCGGGUUCAUGUGAGGAUCAAUGCGGUGUUCAGCAUUUGGCAAUUCUUGCUUUCUGGUAUCUGUUACUCGGAGUUGCUCAUCGUAAGAGUGGACUCAAUCGUCUGGUGCGUGGAUUACCGGCUCCGCCUCUUCCUGAAGGACUUCACCGAACAAAUCUAUCGGUUAUGACGAAUUCUCAUCAUUUCGGUGGUGAUGCGGAUAGAUCUGAAGCUGAAAUUGCAUUGAGUCUACCGGUUCCACCGUUGACUCCUCUACCGUCUCCAGGAGCUCAAUCGAGUGCUCCACCAGCAUUUCCAGUAGUGUCACCUGCUCCAACACCAACUCCAACGUCUACACCGACACCGUUGUUGCCUGGAAACUUGCGAGCCGAUAGUCCGGCUGUUCAACAAGAUUUGCUCGCCGUUAAAGCGACAGUCAGAUUCAAGUUGCCAUCAUGUGUCGGUCUUGGAUCAUCUGGAGCAUAUUGUGUCUGCAUUGCCACGUCACUGCUUCAGACGGCAGGACUCAUUCCACCACCGACGAUUGUGGCGGACGAGCAAGGAAAUCUAACAUGGGAGGAGGAACAUUUAGACAUGAUUCGCAAGUGGGCGACCGCCGCCGAAUCUCUCAUUCACGGACGUGCAUCGGGUUUGGACGCGGCUGUCUGCACUUUUGGCAGCCACUAUCGUGAUUACGGAUAUCAGAGUUUUACGCAUCUCGGUCAUGUAGGAUGCUUUGGAGGAGUCGCCAGUUUCAAGCCGGGACACCCAAUUGAGCACUUGAAGAAUCUUCCGGAUCUUCGUGUUAUUUUGGUGAAUUCGAAAGUGGAAAGGAAUACGGCACGAAUGGUUCAGACGGUGAAGGAGAGGUUAAAGAAGUUUCCAGAAGUUGUGGAUGCAAUGUUCGGAUCGAUUGAUGCGAUCUCUCUAGAUGCUGCUAAGAUUCUGCAUCGUCCACUGUUAGAAGAGAACGGAGGAGGAGAUUCUGCAUCGACGGUACAGGAAAAUGGACUCGGACCGUUCGGAGGAAAUAUGGUUGAACAAGAUCAUCACUCGCUUCAGCCAACACGCACUGGAUCGGUUCGCUCGUCGUCUCUCUCAUCGUAUGUCGGCGGUGGAAAACGGAAUUCGUCGGCGUCGGUGAUUUCGGCGACGUCGGAGAAAGGAGAAAAUGUGGAUACGUUCAGCAAGCUUAAUGAUCUAUGCCGGAUAAACAAUCAAUUGUUGAUUGCAUUGGGUGUCGGUCAUCCGAAGGUUGAUCUCAUUUGCACCACAUUGGCUCGAUACGGAAUACACCCGAAAAUGACGGGAGCCGGUGGCGGUGGAUCGGUUUUCGCUUUCUUGAAACCUAAUACCCCACAAACUCUGCUUGAUAUGAUAGACGGUGAGCUGAGAAGUCUUGGAUUCGAAGUAUGGCAACCACCACUCGGAGGUCCAGGAGUCGUCGAACAUCAGACGCGUCCCGAACUCUUCCAGACGCCCGUUUCAUCGACACAAUGCUCGACACCAGCGUCGAAACAUAAAUAG